AUGUCACAGAGAGGUAGUGGUAGUUCCAGAAGUUCUCAUGCGAGCGAAAAUAAUGGUGACAGUACGUUGCGAACGGAAAAUGAUAUCACUGGAAAUUUGGAAAAUACAACCGACGUUGAAUCUUCAACUUUGUUGACAAGCUCGGCUCUUUCCUCCACUCAAGUGGACAGCGAGGCGGAAAACAGGAUAACUAAGCAUGAAAUUGAACGCAAACAGCUACUGCAUGACUUGGAACUUGUUCGCAUCGAGUUGAGCCAGAAAAACCUCAUAAUCGACAACAUGAAAGUUGAACAUUUGAGCAAAGUGGAUGAGUUAGAGGAACUCUUGGGCGAUACUCGACACGAGAAACAAAUUCUUCAGGCAAGACUUGAAUCGCAGCUGAAACUUCAACAAGAGGAAGCUAAGAACUCUCUUGAACGAACGAGGCUUGAAAUGGCCAAAAUCUUUAAACGACAGCAGCUUUUGGAAAUCGAGAACAAGAAGCUACAAGAAAAAGCCAUGGACUAUAGGAAAGGGUUGAUUGAUCUUGAACAAUUAUCCGAUGAGCUGUACUUGGAAUUGAAAUCCAAAGACUCAGAAGAACUUUCUUUGAGGGAAUUCGUAAUGGUUAGUUGCAUAACCUGUUUUCACGGGUGUUCAUUCUGAGUAUAUUAAAACCAGACCCUUAGUUAGAUCUUGCAUAUGCUGAUGUUUUUUUGAUUGCUAUCCACUACUUGUAGAUAGUGCAGUAGCAGGAGACUCAUUUCCUCUGUUUUUAACUUUUGUCCAAUUUCUGAACUGUGUUUCUAUGCAGGCUGAGUUUGCCUCUAUUUCUCAUCCUCUCCACAACCUCUUAUUCCCCUGGUCUACUUAUUUUUGCUCCCCCAACGCAGAACAAACAUCAAAAAUUUACCUGUGUCACAGACUUCUAGACAUCAUCUCUCAUGCCAACUCUUACAGAUUAAAGUUUAUGAAGCUCGUCAUCCUUUAGCUUUGGAAUGUUCAAGUCUUCAAGAACAGCUGGAAAUUUUGACCCAUCAACUUCACACUAAAGAAGAGGAGACUGCUUUUUUCCGAAAGGUGAAGUAAAUUCUUGUUGUUUGUAGAGAGCAUGUGGUACCUUUCCUUUCCUGUAGCUUUCAGUUUGAGUAUCAAAACUAUAUUGUUUCAUUAAAAUUUGUUCUUGAUGAUGUAAAGCUACCAGGCACCCUUCCAGUGUGCUAUUAUAUCUAAUUUAUCUAUUAAAAUUUGAUUACUAGCCAUGGGAAUAUUUUUUAAUUACCAUUGUUAUUUUUUAUUAAUAAUUAUCACUGUAUAGUUUUCUCUCUCAAUUACUGUCCAUUUUUCUUUGUCUAAUUAGUUGUUCAAAUUUGUCUCUGUUUGAAUAUUUCAUGGAAUUUGCCAUUCAAUCUUUUCUUUUUUCAUUUAUGACAAAAGCGUCACACUAUGAUUUAUAGUUAAGUAAGGGGUGAUAAAAGUUUGAUGACCUUGUUUUAACUGAUGUCAUGGGAAUUGCCUCUGUUUGGAGUGACCGCACUUCACUCAACUGAUAAUUGUAGUAUCAUCAGCAACUUUUAUCCACUUAAUUCAUUAUUCAGAAGAAUAGAACGUUUUCACUGUAACACAACAAAAAUAUAAAUAAAAAACUAUUCAAUAAAUAAGGUCAAGAAUAUGUAAUGUUAUAGAAGAUAGGUAAAGAACACGCCUCUCUAAGUUUUAGGUCUCUUUGUGUGGCCAAACUUCACAUAUUCAUAGAAAUGUUUUGCACAAAUUUGCAGAGCCAAGUAUGGAGCUGCUAUGUUGGUACACCUCUAUGGUGCAUCAACAUGGUGGCUGGAAAAUAGUUCAAAUAUCCUGGAACUUACUUUGGCAAUCUAGUCCACUGAUUAUCUGAUAUAAACACAGAGACAUUUAUGAAAGCAUCUUUCCUAACUCUUUAACUCCUAAAAAGGCUAAAAACCAUAUGAUAGAUGUAUAUUUUUUUCACAAACGCAAUCAGAGCUGCAUGUCACUCACCACCACAACUCUGAACUUCAAACUGUGCUGGUUUCCAAACCAAGUACACUAUUAAGCUGAAAAUUUUAUCACAGGUACGAAUUUAGACCUCUUAUGCCUAAUGAGGAUGAAAAGUCUCAUGGCUCACUAGUUUUGGAUUUUGGAAUUUGAUGAUGUUACAUGAAAAUGAUCUAUAACAGCUUACAACAGUUCGCUACUAACCAACUUUGAAAUUGUCCAUCUAAUAUUCAGGAGGCUGAGGAUGAACGCAUGGCACGUGCAGAGACAGAGCAAAGAGUGCAAAGACUCAGCCUCCAGCUGGAGAAAUUACAAUCCCAAGUCAAUCAAGGAGAUUACAAAAUUACAAACUUUGAUCAAAUCAGAAGGUGAUGAUAAUCAGAAAAUAGUUUUGUGAGUGAUCUGUAUAAAAAUGGUGAAGUUUUAGGAUCCUCUUUACUUUUAUCUUACAUUUGAUACUGUUAGCUUCAAUAGUAGUAUUGUUUUCUUUUUUAAAGUCUAUUAAAUGUGUCAUUUCAGUGAGCGGGAUCAUUUAGACAGGGAUUUGAUGGAGUUGAAGAAAAGUAAUACUUUUUUGGAUGCUGCAUUGAAGUCAAAAACAGAGAAUUUGCUUGAAGUACAGAAGGAGGUAAGCCAAUCAAAUUACAAUCAAUGAUAGUGCAAACUGUUAACUAAACUUAGGAUAAAUUGUGUGUUGAUGACUCAGGUUGUGUGUGACUUAUUUCAACAUCUAAAAUUGAUUUCUUUAGCCUCUUUAAUCUUUCAAGGAUUAAUUUUUAAUCCAUGAGAUUUUUUGUUGUUGCAACUUAAAGUUGCAAAUCAGCAGACAAACGGAAGCCUUACUGAAGCAAGACAAGGAGUAUCUGAACAAACAGCUUCAAGAGCUCAGAGGCCGCUGCACAUUAGCUGAGGAACGAUUGGAGCAGAUGUCGCAGCAGCUUGGAGAAACAAAACAGGCCAGAGAGGAGUUGUAUGAGAAGUAUAUCAGUGUCAGAGAGCAAUACAAGUCAGAAUAUGAACUGAGACUCAAAUGUGAACUAGAUGACAUUAAGGGCAAGACUUCACUUGAAUUGGACAGGAUAAGAGGUGAUACUAAAGACAUGUUUGAAAGGGAAAAUAGGUGAGUUGGUCACUUUGUCAGUUACUAGAUGAUGUUUCACAAAAUUUACAAUUUCAUAUGCACCAAGGUUUCAUUACAGCAGUUCAGUUGAGGGUGAUUUUAUCAUUGCCAUGUAGAAAUAAAACAAGGUGACUUUAUAUGUAUUGAAGUAUUUGUGGGUUCUUGUAGAAAUCUUAGAGAAGCAAGAGAUAAUGCCUUUGAGGCAAAAGAACAUGCUGUCAUUAGUGAAAAGGAAAUUGCCUCAAAAUAUGAUCUCCUUCAAUCUGAGUAAGUAAAUGAAUUGUUCCAGCUUACUUUUUUGUUUUGUUUAGAAUUAGUGCACAAUUAUUGUUAUGCACUCAAUUCUGUAAUUAUGUCAUUAUUAAAUUAUUAACUUUCAUUAGCACAAUUAUUCCAUUAACUAUGAAUAAAAUAUAUUGAUCUCAAUCUCACUUGAGUUUGAUUGUAUUUUUGGCUAGAAUGCACCAUGGCGAUUACCAAUUAAUUUAAAGCCUAAAUGUUAUGGCAAUUAUUUCUCACUUAAACUGUCAGCCACUAUAAAAUUACACUCCAAAGGAGGUGCAGUCAAAGGGCAGGAUCAAGAGAGAGAGGAAUUCAGAGAAAGUGAUGUCAAAGAUGUGUAAGAGUUCCAUUUUUCAGUGUGAGAGCCAGGCUAAUUUGGUUUGCAGGACAGGAUUUUCAGGCUUUUGAAAUUUACAUGUAGUUGCCUCUCUUAAAUUAACUGAGCUUACCUUUUCAAGAAUUACAUGAAGUCUUUUAAGACACUUUCUCUCACAAUCUAGCUCUUUGAAUGCAAUUAGACUGGAACAUACUAUAGUCUGAAAAAAAAAUCAUAGCAAUUUUUGAAAUUGAGUGGGAAAAAUUAGAAUAGUGCAUAGCUGCCAAACAUAAAAUCAAAAUCAAGAGCAAACAAAAAGGAAAUGUAAUUUAACAACACAGGGACACUUCAAGGACCAAUGUAGAGUUCAAACAAUAAGUGAUGUGUGUCAGUUUACAAUGAGAGUCUUUUAUGAUUACUCCAUAUUGUCUUUUUAUGUCUAUACAAGGUAUCGACAAUUACAGUUGACGGCUGACAGCAGGCAGUCUGAAUUGCAAAAAGAGAUCAGUGUCAAACAGUUUGAGUUGGAGAGAUUGCAAAUGAUUCUGGAUGAAACAGCUAACAAUCUCAAUCAAGCAAAACUGGAAGCUGAAAAGUACCAGAGCAAGAGUGAGGUGUGAUGACCUUGUUAUUAAAGGGAUAAAGUUGUCUUGACAUAAUACUGUAUAUCAAUUAUUUUUCCUUCUCAAGGUUUUAAAUAAAGAGUACUACACUCUGGAAAACUCCUCAGAAAAACAGCUUGUGGAACUGGAAGCAAAGUGUAAGGAACAGGGAGAUAAGCUGGCAGUGUAUGAAAAACUUGAGCAGGAACUGGAUGAUGUUAUCAUGCAGGCUGCAGAGAGUAAGGAACAACAACUUUUCAUCUCACUAUCAUUACACAGAAUAUUGUCAGAAAUUUGUUCUUUUCCCUCUCCUUUCAACUCCAAGAUCCAAAUACUAACAGACUCUUCAUACUGUGGGUGAUACGUUUUUUUUAAAUUUUAACUCUGAGAAUUAACAAUUGGUUCAUACGUUAGCAUGCGUUCAUUGAGAUAUGAAGCAUGUGGGAAGUUUGGAGAGCACGAAAGAUGCGUAAGAGUUGCUCGAGGUGUAGUUGAGAGCAACUCUAGCUUCUUGCUUGCACAAUUGAAUUUGAUUACACAAAUUUACUAGCUAUGUUAUAAUUUGUUGUGAAAUCAAACAGUAUCUACUUAUUGAUAUGUAUCUUCUCAUCACUUCUUGUCUACAUGAAAUAGUAUUCAUUGCUUCUUGUCUGCACAAAAUAGUAUUUAUUCUGUAUUGUAAAGCAAGGUACAGAAUUGAGACCCACUGGUUGUCAUUGCUAAUGAAAAAUGACUGUUGGUUAAUUUUGGACCCUGCAGGGUGUUAUUCAGUUGUGAACACUUCAAUCUUUUUGCUGGGAAUGUUUUUGAUUGGAAAUAACCCCUCUUUAGUUGAUUGUGAACAUUGUGUCCUUAAUUUGUAGUUGAGAAUGAAUCUGAGGCUGAACGAGUGCUGUUCUCGUAUGGCUAUGGUGCCAAUGUACCCAGUACAGCAAAGAGGAGAAUGCAGCAAAGGUAUUCGUGGGCAAUACUGACCAUGUGGGUGUAGCUGGUCUGAUAAUGAGAAAUCUAAUUGAUGUGCAGCUUUUCUCAAUUGAAUGAAUUAGACUGAUCCAUACCUGUACAACUGGUAUAGUUCUUAAACUGUACAUGUCAUUUACGCUUUUUAUUUAAGGGAAUUGUCAUGCAUAAGGCUAACCUCCAAUUUCCAUCUGAAGAGGAAUUUUUUUUGUUAUUAUUACUAGUUGUAUCUCUGCAUAAAAUAUUUAUUGUGUUGUAUCAACUGGGCUUAUGGAAGUCUUGAAAGAAAAUUGUCAUCAGAGUUACCAUUGCCCCAGUUGUUCACAUGGCUGUGCAUAUCUCCAACCAGUAGCCCAACAAAAUAAGUAACUAAUUGCCUGGUAAUAAUUAGAUAAGCUAUUAAAUGUUUGAUUGGGUGGCAGUCUGACUUUAUGGUCUGAUGAGCCAUUAUUUUACCGCAAUAAGCUGCUCUUUAGUAGUCACUUUAAUGAACAAUAAUUUGGUGACAGAUGAAUCAAGUCUCACAUUGAUUCCUAAUCACUGUUUUAUGGCUUUAAAAGUGUUCACUUAGCACGGAGAGUUCUUCAGUUGGAAAGAGCCAACACUUCACUUAGAAAUGAGAUGGAAAGAGAGAAGAAAAAGAAAGACUUGCUGGGAAAAGAGGUGAUGACAAAAUCAUUAUUUUAAAUAUGUGGCUAUUGUCUCAGUCACAAUACAUUAUGUAAGCUAUCUGCAGUACACUUUAUGUACUAAGCCAAAAUUCAAGACAAUUAAGGUUACUUUCUUUGGUAGCUUUCCAAGGCUACGUCACUGCUGAAUGAAGCACAGCAGCCAUACAACUAUCUGAUUGAGAGCAUAAGAGCAAGGGAUACACAGAAUCAGACCCUAACUGAACAGCUCACAUUGAUGGAGGAAGAAAUUGGGUGAGUCAUGUUCACCAUUCUGGUAAAGGGAGGUUGAAGAACCUUCAGAAAUAAGUUGGUCCUUUUCCUGUGUGGUUAUUUACAGUAAUCUUGCUUGUACCUUUCUUUUACAAUUAUUAUUAUAAUUAUUUACUAUAGAGAUUAUCAUACAAUGUAUUUCCUUAGAUUGAUGCUACCUACUGGUAAUUAUAUAUUACCACUGCUUGCCCAAGAAAGCAAUUGGAUCAAGACAUAAAUUGAAUGACUUUUUCCCUUCAAACAGGAAGCUGAAAACAGAAAAAGAAGAUCUUGUUAAGACCCGCAAUCAGUUAUCCGCUGACUUGGAGAGACUUCUAAACCAGCGGGAGGUGAGGCUUACAGUGCAUCUUUAGAGAAAUCAAGAGUCCAAAAACUUUGUGAUUUAAAUUCCAUGUUGGAACUCUCAGGGGCCUAAAAGAAUUUAGAUACUGUGAUUUCCUUGAAUAAAUGCCCAUGCCCUAAUAAGUGCCCUGUCACAAAUAAGCACCCACCCCUUAGGUGAUAAUGUUAAACAAGUGCCCCCUUGAAUAUGCAGGGCCCCCCACUUUGUCUCCCUCUUUCUUACAAAGAAGGGGUACAAGGACAACCUAUUUCUAUUGCUACUCUAUUACUAACUUUUUAAGCUUCAACUAAUGCAGAAUCAGUAAAGGAGAGUACUUUCUUUUCUAUUAGGUUACUUCCACUUCUUUCUAUCUCCAUGUGCCUGCUGUUCUUUUAAUUUUUGUCCCAAUUGCUGCACUAUUUGUAAAUGCUAUAAACUUCUUAGGACCGACAAGACCAUUCUCUAGUCUUUGAGGACCAGUAAUUUCUAUGAUAGUUAAGUUGUCAGGAUGCGUUUGAAGAAAAUGGAUGAUAAUGAAUAAGCACCCCACCUUGAUAAAGUGCCCUAUUUCCAAUAAGACUGCCCUCCUUUUAGCCAAAAAUUUGAACAAGCACCUGGGCACUUAUCUUAGGAAAUACAGUACAAGUAAUUGGCAACCUCAGUUAAAAGUAGCCAGUGAUUUCCUUUUAAUUUGUCUAGCCCCACUUUGUGUGAAAGCAUUAUUAAGUAAACCCUUUGACUCCCACAAUUGACCAAGACAGAAUUUCUCCCUACAAUAUCAAUACAUGCUCAAUACACCGGAAUCACUAUGAUUCAUCUACGGUCGUUGACGAAUCGAUGUACCAGAAGUCGAAUUGUGUGUUAACAUACCAGAAGUGGAGGGUGGUAAGCAAUGUGUGAAAAGGAGUAGCAUGGUAUACCGGAAGUCGAAUCAUGUGUUAACAUACUGGAAGUCCAGGGGCGUGAGCAAUGUGUGAAAAUGAGUAGCCUGAUGAAAAGAGAAAAUGACAACAUGAACCUUCCACGUUCUUAAAGCAUGAAAUGGUUGGAAGUCCAUUGUCAGAAUGGGGUAUUCAAUGCUGACGAAUUAACACAAUUCGCAUGGAUUGACUCGACUCAUCAUUAGUAAAGUUGAUCUGUCACCAGAAGUCGAUUCACAGAAGUAAGCGUUAAAUUGGGGUAUUUAAUGUUGACGAAUCCACAUGAUUUACAUGGGUCGACACAACUUGUUAUUAGUAAAGUUGAUCAGUCUCAUCAGAAGUCGAUUUGCAAAAGAUUUGUCAUUUGAUUACCUCCUUUCUAAGUGUUUGUUUUGAAAAUGACAACUUUGGAGACGUGUUACCAGAAGGCAACAUGGUUGGCUUUUACAAAGAUUGUGUACAUUUAUUUUGUCUUUUCACAGUCCUUCAUUUUGUGGGAAAGAGGGUUUUAAACUUAUUUGGUUUUACAUUGGUUGUUAAUUUUCUAAGUGUCUUGUAAAUCGACUUCCGGUGUGAUGGCUCUACUUUAACUAAGACAAGUCUUUUGACUCGAGUCGAUUCAACAACAGUUUCAUUGACCCUUGGUAGUUACUUGUGGAAUAUUCUCUAGAAGUGUCUUGUAAAUUGACUUCUGGUGUGAUGGCUCUACUUUAACUAAGACAAGUCAUUUGACUCAAGUCGAUUCAACAACAGUUUCAUUGACCCUUGGUAGUUACUUGUGGAAUAUUCUCUAGAAGUGUCUUGCAAAUCGACUUCUGGUGUGAUGGCUCUACUUUAACUGAGAUGAGUAGUUGGACUCAAGUCGAAUCAAGUUGGUUCAGCAACAUUUUCAAAAACCCCUGGUAGUUACAUGCAGAAUAUUUUCUAAGCGUCUUGCAAAUCGACUUCAAGUAUCACGGGUUGACUUAAACUGAGAGGAGUCAUUCGACUCAAGUUGAAUCGAAUUUGACUUCUGGUAGAACAAUUCGCAAGCUGCCUUUGACGAAUCAUAGCGGUUUGGGUGUAUUGGACAACCUUCACAAUAUCAAGCGGACAAGUGAUGGGAAUGAAAGAAAAGUAUAAAUAAGGGUAUCUUUAAUUGAUCCAAUAGCAAAUUCUUCAAACUAACAUAAUCAUAAGAAUUGUUUAGCAGUCAGCAAGGAGAAUUACUAAUGAGAUCUUGAGAGUGAUAGGGUUAGUUUAUGGCUGGUUCACUCAUUUUUGUGGACCUUUUCCUUUUAAAGGAGAUGGCAGUGAUGAAACAAGCCAUUCUUGGUUUAAAGUCCUCAAGAGGUUCUACUGCACAAGUUACAAGGACAUCUACAGGUGUCCAUGGCCAAGAAUCACGCAUUAGAACUUCUAUGGCUCAAGACACAUCCGGCUCUGCAGCACACCAACCUAAACCAACUAUUUUUGUAAGUGACAUUGAAGGGAUAUAAUUGUCUGUAUUACUCUAGCAAUUUUGUCUAAGAGCUUUAAUCGUUUUUAUCAGUGCCACAGAUAAAAGGGGUAGGGCCAGGCCAGAUUUGUAGGUAUUGCAUUUUUUCUUUUUUUGGUUUUUAUGGGAAUAGCCUCUUGCAUAUGUUGUUGUUUUAUUUCUUUUUCCUUUGGUUUAAAAUUUAGUGAAAUUAUUUUCUCAUGUCUUCAACUCAAUAUCAUGACCUGAAACAAUGUAAAAUGGGAAUCAAACAGGUUAAAAAGAUGGGAGUUGAACCAUAGCACAACCAUAUUUACUAGUCGUUUUAUACCCAUGGUCAUUUUGUACCCUGUAAAGUCAAUUCAUACUCAGUCAGUUGAGUUGUUUGUACCCAUACUGUCUAAUAAAGUUUGUUUUACAUGUUAAGUAUGUUUACAGUAAGAAUAGAACAAAUGAAUGAACAAGGAAAAAGUCACUUACACUAGCUGUUAUUGUUAAGAAUUUUACAGUAUAAACAAUAGACGAUGCUAUCAAAAACAUCACACUUACCUUGCACUAGGCGAUAAUUUAAUGGUUUUUUUUUAAGAAGGUCACAAGCAUAAAUAGCAGAACUUGGCUUGAAUCUUACUCGCUUGACUGUGCUAACUUGCCAUGCAAUAUUAUCAGUAUCUGUCCAUGUGCUCUCAGUUGGCGUAUUUUAAAUGGAUGUUUAUUGGGAUGGGUACAAAUUGACCAGUGGUUCAAAAAUGGACUGACUGAAACUAAGUAUGAAUCAACUGAAUUUGGAUACAAAAGGACCAUGGGUAUGAAACCACUGGAUUCCUUUUUGGAACUAAGAUUGUGACCCUUCAUUCAUUUAGACAAAAUCUGACCCUCCAACAUGGUAUAGAAAAUUAAAGACUCAGAAUUUGACCGGAAGAACUAUGCAAGGGUAA